AUGCUGUCUACUGUUCUCAAUAUGUACUUUAUUCUACAAUACUAACAGGAAGCCGUAUGUUUUUGUUUUUACCCAUGACCAAGACUGUAACUUGACAGUGGUGUGAGAGCUGAGCAGUCGAGGAAGGCAGGAAGAAAGGGUGUUCAUUGAAGCGAGGACUGAGUUUACAGUCUGUCACGUUACUGUUAUAUAAUUUCGUUGUGUGUCUCGGCGACGUGUUCCCUCUCUUGUUGAUUACUAGCCGUUCAAACCGGAAUGGCCGAACCCAGUGCCAGAUAUCAGCAGCUGCCCAAUGAGGAGGACCCAGAAGAAAAUUCACAUGUAGCAGCAGACGCUCCACCCCCAUACAGCAGCAUAGCGGCGGACAAUGCUGCCUACUUUGACUACAAGGAAGACGGGGCUUUCCCCAAGCCCCCAUCAUACAACGUAGCGACUACGCUACCUUCCUAUGAUGAAGCAGAAAGAACCAAGGCAGAGACUGCUCUUCCCCUGGUAACCGGAAGAGAUGAAGACUUUGUGGCCAGAGACGACUUUGAAGAUGCUGAUCAGCUGAGGAUAGGAAAUGAUGGCAUCUUCAUGCUCACUUUUUUCAUGGCAUUCCUGUUCAACUGGAUCGGUUUCUUCCUGUCUUUCUGUCUGACCACCUCAGCAGCUGGCCGCUACGGGGCUAUCUCAGGCUUUGGCCUGUCCCUUAUUAAAUGGAUCCUCAUAGUCAGGUUCUCCACAUAUUUCCCCGGUUACUUUGAUGGACAGUACUGGCUGUGGUGGGUGUUCCUGAUGUUGGGCUCCUUGCUCUUUCUGCGAGGAUUCAUCAACUAUGCCAGAAUCCGCAAGAUGGCUGACACCUUGUCCACCUUGCCCCGCACCCGAGUCCUCUUCAUCUAUUGAACUCCAUUGGUUUUUAUCACGCCGCCCCCCCCCCCCCCCCCCCC